AUGGGAGUCGUUGAUCAUCCAUGGCUCGUAUUCUUGCACGGAAAGCGUGGCCAAUUCCAGGAUUUUUUCUCUUUAUCAGAACAUUCUUGCCGGAGACGGAGCAUUCCUUACCUUCGCCGCAAAACCUUGGCACACUGCAACUUUGGCUGGCUGGUUUUACUUGAUGAUUAUUCUGAUGACUGCUUUUUAUUCAAACCAACAUCCAAGCUCAAAAUUCAGUUGCCUCCUUGCAAAGCCUUGCGAACUCGAGAUCAUUACUGUGUACUUACAGCAUCUCCGGAAGAUUCUAAUUGUAUUCUUUUGUUUGCCAAAAAUUCAAGAAAAUCUAUGGUUUCGGUCCAAUUUUGGAAGCUUGGAGACACUCGUUGGUCUUCUCAGGAUUUACAGUUUCCUGGCGAUUGCUCUGAGGAUGCUUUAUUAGGUAGUCUAGUUUCUUGUCAAGGAAAGAUCUAUGCUUCUGUUCAUCUGGAUAUAAUUUGUAGUCUUGUCGUUGGCGGUACGGGUACCGGUUUUAUUACGGUUGAGGAUUUGGAGAUGGCGGAAACGCCGCCGCGGUUGAGGGCACCCGAGAGUUGUUCAUUAGUAGCAGAAUUGGUGGAAUCCUGUGGGGAGGUCUUUUGUGUAGAAUUCGGUUGCUUAGAUGUUCUUGAAAAACCAAUAGACAUUAGAGUUUUGAAGAUUGAUUUUUUCAGAAAAGAUCGGGCAGAAGUAAAAAACAUAGGCGAUCGAGCAUUUUUCAUUACUCCUAAUCUUUAUACCGCUACCAAUUUUUCAUGCUCAACUCAACAUUCAAACAUUAGAGGAAAUACUAUUUAUUUCACAUUGUAUUGGGACAAGAAUUUAUAUGCAUUUCAUCUUGAAGAAGAAAGCAUCACUACUUAUAUGCCUUGCCCUGCUCUACGAAGUGACUGGUCCCAACCCGUAUGGGUAUUAGCUCACUUUCAUAGCCUCAGGUCCGUCGACAAGCUUCAGAUUCCGAGUGACCUGAAAGCAAGAAACGAAAAGAUAAUAAACGAUGAACAAGAAGAGACUUGGUCAGCUCUUCCAAGUGAGCUUCUGUCUCUAAUCAGCUCAACACUUUCGGGUUCAGACACUUUGAACUUCAAUUUUGUUUGCAAAUCCUGGCAGUCUGUUUCGGUUCUAACUCCUUCUAGUACCCAAUUGAUCAUGCCGUCAAAAACAUUGUCAGAGAUUCAUCAAUUUCCGUUACUAUUGUUUCUCGGACGUGACGAUGGGCCACUCUGCAAUUUUUAUCAUGCUCUAAACAACACUAUCUACACACUGAAUGUACCAGAGAUUGGCAAUGCAAGAGUCCGAUUCUCGAAAAAUGGAUGGUUACUUAUGUCUAGAGGUGACUUUAAAAUGUUAUUUUUCAAUCCCUUAACCAAAGAAAGAAUUGAUCUCCCUAAUUUGCGCGCUAAUUAUAAAUUUCAUGGUAUUUCUUUUUCUGCAACUCCAACUUCACCGGAUUGUGUAGUGCUCGGCGUGUACAAUGGGCAUGACGGGAACGAAUUAUGUAUAAGCUUAAUAUGCCACGGUGAAACAGUUUGGACUCGUCUUGAGCUUAAAAAGUAUUGCAAAUUCAUUAUAUCUCAUUGCAAUCCUGUGUUUUAUGAUGGGCUCUUUUAUUGUUUCGGAAGAAAUGGAAUGUUAGGAACUUUUGAUCCUCGAAAAGACGAUGAAACCGGAUGGACUCUUCUUCGUUGGCCAGAAAAGCCGUGUGUCUCAUCCGAGAGUAACUAUUUGAUAGAGUGCAAUGGAGAUUUGUUCUCAGUUUUUGAAGGUCCUUCAGGAAAGUACAUUAAAGUUUUCAAGCUUGAUAAGAAAUCAAUGUCGUGGCUGAAUGUUGAUAGCUUGGGAGAUGAAACUGUACUGUUUGUAAGUCGCACAACUUCAUUUUCAGCAGAAUGCAAAGUUCCAAGAAUUGGUAACAAAGUGUUUUUUCCAAGAUUCAGAGAUGGCUAUUGUGUUUUCUAUUCUUUGGUAACAGAGAAAUUUCACUGCUUGAAGAUUGAUAAGGCCAGAGAUGAUUUUUACGGCACGACGGAAAAGUUGCAUUGCAGCUGGUUCGAACCUAACUUUCAGUCACAUUCUGAUGAAGAGCUUCAAUGGUGUGUGUAUUCAAGUGAUUCUGAUGAAGAAAACUGAUAUUUUGUUUGUA